AUGUGCCCCCCAGUCAGCAUGCGGUGUGAGGCGGAGGGCAUGUCCUACCUCUACACGUCCUGGAUGUACCAGCUUCAACAUGGCAGCCAGCUAAGGGUCUGCUUCGCUUGCUUCAAGGCUGCCUUUCUGGACCUUAGACAGUUGCUGGAGCCGGAAGACUGGGAAGAUGAAGAUUGGGACCCUGAGCUGAUGGACCACACUGAGGCAGGCUCUGAGCAGGGGGCAUCCCCGGGGAUGGGACCAAGCUGGGGGCAGGGCCAAGGGCAGCCUGCACAGGGUGGGUCUGUGGACUGGGGGUCGGGCACCCUGGCGUCAGGCCCUGUGGAGUCAGAAGAGGUGGGCCUGGACGAUCACUUUGUGCCCACCGAGCUGGAGCCUCAGGAUGCCACAGCCCUGGGCCUGGGUGCUGAGGAUGCUGACUGGACCCAAAGCCUUCCCUGGAGAUUUGGGGGACUCCCUACCUGCUCACACUGGCCAAGCCCCUCUCCUCCAUGGCAGGAGGUUUUCAAAGUGGACCUGCCCCCGGCGGGAGCCCAUGGUAUUGGAGCUGGGCACCACCCGGGCCACGGACCCUGUUGA